AUGCGCCGUUUCUACUGCAUUCCGUGGAACUGCUUGGUGCUGUCGAAGCCGCCACUUUCACGGCGCUUAUCAAGUUCAACUGAGACCCCAGAAGCUAUUAGGGACGCUAUCGCGGCUGAUGAGAGGGAUCAACGGCGACGUGAGGAGGCUGUCGAUGGGCGUUCGGUUGUGUUUGCAUGCGGCAGCAGUGCUGACCACCGACCACGCAUAGCCGCUGCCGAAGCCUUUGACGUUGCGGCAGCCGCUCUGUCCAGCACUCCGAAUUUCUGCUUUAUGAACGUUUCGAUGGAUUACGCAGGGAUGAUAGAUGCACCUGAGGUUGUAUGGUACAACCUCUGCAAGGUCAACGAUGUCACACCGUCGACUGUACGGCCACAACAACUGCACAUGAUUGGAGGUGCUACACGGCUGCAGCGGCCUGGUGGGGGGUUCGUGCAGGUGAUGUUGGGUUGCAUACCUGACCUGCAGAGCGACACCUUCACAUUUGAUACAAUACCCGAAGAGGAUGACCUGGCAGAAGCUCACCGUCCGUCACCUGCAAUUUGUUUUGCGCUCAUGGAUAAUAAGUUAACGUUGCAGUAUGAGCGGCAGCUCGUAGCACAUUUGCAGGUUCUAAGCGAACGAUUGGGCGGAUGCCCUCUCACUGGAGGUAUUUAUCCAGCCGUUCAGAAAUCUGCAGGUACCACUGGAGAUAGUGGUGACGAGACUAAGGAGGAAAAAGGAUCAGAUAACGAUCUUGGAGAUUCACUGUUUUUCUUAAAUGAUCGUGUGUAUACAGGAAGUGCCGCUGGUACUGUUCUCCGCAGUGAGAUGGUCAAGGCACAUAAUCUAAGUGUGGUCCCUUCUAUUGCCAUUAGGAAAGUAGCCGUAACGUCCAUCAGUAGCGAAGUUGAAGGCGUGUUUGUCGUCAAAACUUUGGAGGGUCGAAGGGCUACAGAUGUUAUUCAUGACGUGUACUGCUCACCGGAGAUGAAGGGGAAACCGUCGAGAGUGUUUCUUGGUCUGCAACAUAAUGACUUCUGUAUCCCUGUUUCCUUUAUCGGCAACCCGGGAACCGGCGAGCUUCGUUUCAGUGCGCCUAAGGGUAUCAGUGUGGCUGAGAACGGCACUGUUCAGCUACUGGUGGACGACGUGGAAUUGGAUAGUGAGGUGGGAGCAGGUGCUCUUAUAGGACUUCACAAGCGUGUGGCCAUGACGUACGCGACGAAGGAUGUUAACGUUGCACGAGAGGCUCGCAGAAAUGUUGUGGCAUCAUCUGCAGCUGCGUUCCAUUACUCACAUCCCGGCAUGAACGUUUUGGCGCGACCGGAAGUGAACAUUACUUUAGGGAAUUCAUCUGUGAUGUAUGCCCCCUCCCUUCUUCAGCGAUGCCUGGGAGGGUAUUGUUCAACGACUGGUGUUUUUUGCCCUGGUCAGGUAAUUACAUUGGGUAAUGCUACCGGUGUUUUUGCCAGAUCCAGCAGCUACACUGUCCUGGAGGGGCUCAAAUAA